AUCCCUGUGGCUUUGAAACAAUCCAUUGACCUGCGUACAUCCAUGGACGGGAAGUACAAGGAGAUUGCUGAGGAGCUGUUCUCACGCACUCUGGCAGAGAGUGAGAUGCGCAGCGCCCCUUAUGAAUUUCCAGAGGACAGCCCCAUCGAACAGCUGGAGGAGAGACGUCAUCGACUUGAGCGACAGAUCAGCCAGGAUGUGAAGUUUGAACCCGACAUCCUCCUGCGAGCCAAACAAGAGUUCAUGAAGACUGACAGCGCCACAGAUCUCGAAUACAUGAAGGAGCAGAGCCAAGCUCCUGACCUGCAGGAGAGAGAACCUGUUCCAGAGAAAGAGUACCAGCGAGUCGCUAUCUCUGGAGAGGAGAAAUGUGGGGUUCCCUUCACAGAUCUGUUGGAUGCAGCCAAAUGUGUGGUGAAGGCUCUGUUCAUCAGACAGAAGUAUAUGGGUCUGUCGCUGCAGAGUUUCUGCAGGACCACCGCUCGUUACCUUCAGGAGCUGAGUGAGAGACCUCUGGACCUGGAUAUCUAUGAGGAGGAGAUCCCAGAGACCUCAUUCACUGCAGAUACCUCAAUGCACCCACCUGUUUCUAAAACGCACCCCUACGAGAACCAGGACCCUGCCAGCAUGCCCAAUGAUCUGGGUUACGGCUGCAAGAUGGUGGAUGGUGUCAUGCAUGUGUACAUGACGAGGAACAUUAUGGAAAAGAGCACAGAGCUGGAUCUGCCGUAUCCAAACCUGCAGGAGUAUAUCGCUGAUAUGAACGUGAUGAUGGCCCUCAUUAUCAACGGACCAGUAAAGUCCUUCUGCUACCGUCGUCUGCAGUAUCUUAGCUCCAAGUUCCAGAUGCACAUUCUGCUGAAUGAGAUGAAAGAGCUGGCAGCACAGAAGAAAGUCCCACAUCGAGACUUUUACAAUAUCCGUAAGGUGGACACACACAUUCACGCUUCGUCCUGCAUGAACCAGAAGCACCUUCUGCGUUUUAUCAAAAGGGCAAUGAAGAAGUAUCCCAAAGAGAUUGUGCAUGUAGAAAGAGGCAAGGGUCAGACGCUCAUGGAGGUGUUUGAGACCAUGAACCUGACAGCCUUUGACCUGAGCGUGGACACCCUGGACAUGCACGCAGACCGUAACACUUUUCAUCGCUUUGACAAGUUCAAUGCCAAAUACAACCCCAUUGGCGAGUCCAUCCUGAGAGAGAUCUUCAUCAAAACAGACAACCACAUCGAGGGGAAAUACUUUGGCCACAUUAUUAAGGAGGUGAUGGCAGACCUGGAGGAGAGCAAGUACCAGAACGUGGAGCUCAGGUUGUCUAUCUACGGACGCUCCAGAGACGAGUGGGACAAACUAGCAAAGUGGGCUGUCAAACAUCGGGUCUACUCCACCAAUGUGCGCUGGCUUGUUCAAGUGCCAAGACUCUUUGACGUCUACCACACAAAGAAACAGCUGUGCAACUUCCAAGAGAUGCUGGAGAAUAUCUUCAUUCCUCUGUUUGAGGUUACAAUCAACCCCGGCAGCCAUCCAGAGCUGCACCUCUUCCUUCAGCACGUUGUGGGUUUUGACAGUGUGGAUGAUGAAUCAAAACCUGAGCAACAUAUCUUCAACCUGGACAGUCCGCUGCCAGUCAACUGGACAGAGGAGGACAACCCGCCCUACUCCUACUACCUCUACUAUAUGUAUGCAAACAUGACCGUGCUGAAUCACCUGCGCAGGCAGCGAGGGUUUUACACGCUCGUCCUACGUCCUCAUUGUGGGGAGGCCGGGCCGAUCCAUCACCUGGUGUCUGGUUUCAUGCUGUCAGAAAACAUCUCCCAUGGGCUGCUGCUCAGGAAGGCUCCUGUGCUGCAGUAUCUGUACUACUUGGCCCAGAUAGGUAUCGCCAUGUCCCCUCUCAGCAAUAACAGCCUGUUCCUCAGCUACCAUCGUAACCCUCUACCAGAGUACCUGUCCAGAGGCCUCAUAGUCUCUCUGUCCACGGACGACCCUCUGCAGUUUCACUUCACCAAGGAGCCCUUGAUGGAGGAGUACAGCAUUGCUGCUCAGGUGUGGAAACUGAGCUCCUGCGACAUGUGUGAGCUCGCCAGGAACAGUGUGCUGAUGAGCGGAUUCUCUCAAAGGGUAAAGAGCUCCUGGCUCGGCCCAAAACACACCAAGGAGGGGCAGGAGAGUAAUGACAUCAGACGCACCAACGUUCCCGAGAUCCGUGUGGCGUAUCGGUAUGAGACCAUGUGUGAGGAGUUGAAUUUAAUCACACAGGCCAUCCGCACAGAUGAGCUGGAGACCAUCGAAGAAGAGGGGAGUCUGUGUAUGGGAGCUGGGCUGGGAGAGAAGUGAACAUGCACCACAACACAAACACUCGACAUUUCUUGUUUUCACAUCAGGACUUUGUACAGAUUUGCAUAUAUCAACAUAUCAUACCUGUGAAAAGAGAAAAGCUUUGUCACAAGACAAUUAUGAGAGUUACUACUGUGGCAUUGUGAGAGAGGACCUAUAAUCUGUGUA